CAGUUGACACUGACAGUUUGUCUAGUGCCGAAUGCCGAUGUGAUUUACAAAGUUUUUGGAAUUUUUAAAUUUUCAAAUUUUAUCACUACUAUUUUUAAUUUAUCAAAAUGGUGGAAGCGCAAAAAUAUAGAAUCGAACAAGAGAUGACUAAUCUAGUUAACGAACUAGACAGGAGUUAUUUACGAAAAAUGCAGGGGGACAUGCACAGAUGUGCAUCUAAAUGUUGUGAUGACCAACAGUCGUCAUUGGAGCGAGUGCACGGAUGUAUUGAGAAUUGUACCAUUCAGUUGAACCAAGCCAACAACUAUGUACAAAAAGAAAUGAAUCACCUACAAAACAGACUGCAGAGGUGUGUUAUGGACUGCAAUGAUUCGGCUAGAGACAGAUUAGGUCCAGACCCCAGUCAGGAAACUAUAGACAAAUGCACAAUAGAAUUUGAGAAGUGUGCAGUCAAGUGUGUGGACAAACACAUAGCCUUAAUUCCUGGAAUGCUGAAAGCAAUGAAGAAGGUUCUAGCUAGCGGCAAACCUCCACCAAUGACUGAAUAAGUGAAUGAAAUGAAUUAUGUGUUAAAAUGAUAAAAUAAGCAAUAAACCAAAAUGGGUCUGGACCCUAGGUUAGCAGUGUGCACCUCGUAGAACAGAAAAAAACCAUUUUCCUUAAAGGAUUUUUUGUUUUCUAUAAUUUUCGUUGUCUAGAAAAAUGAUGAUAAUUGUUAUUGAAUAACAAGGAAGCUACUUUGAGCAUUGUUGUGCUAUGACAGAAAACUGUGUUAAAAAUAACAUGAUUUUUUAAAGCAUUUUUUGUUUUAGUAUAGCCGUAUAAUGAUUUAUUAAUUGAUUAUGAAACACGGCUAAAACUCACGUGAUAUUACGUCGGAGUAUGCCCGACUAGUUUCGAACCCAUACGGGGUUACACGAUCCAAACUGUUUGGAUUCAGUUUGGAUCGUGCCGCAAUGCAAGAACCAGCUCAUGACUAAGGGCCCCGUAUGGGUUCGAAACUAGUCGGGCAUACUCCGAUCUAAUUUCACGUGAGUUUUAGCCGUGUUUCAUAAUCAAUUAAUAUGAAUAACACUUACGAUAGUAUAAUAAUUUGUACACCUUGUAUGUGCUAUAAUAAUCAUUACUUGUAACUAACUAGUACUUAACUUAUCAGGUAAAUAAUGAUUACCCUGCUUAAAACUUCUGUGCAAGCCACUGCCUAGGAUCCAUACCUAGACCUUGCUUUAUAAACUAAUGCCAUUCUGUAUUUAGUAGAAAGUGAUAGUUUUAUUUAGUUUUGUAUAACUAUAAUAAAUAACAACUAUUUAAGAAUAUUUGUUAUAUAUGUUUAUAGAUAUGGGAUUAUAAGCUACAUUACUGUUGU